UAUGAAAGUUUGCCAUGGAUAUUUUUGUAAAAAAGCAUUUUAUUUCACUCAGACUGGAUCUCAAUCAACCGUUGAGUUGAUUCAUAAUUCAAUCAGUUUCACUCUUUCAUUCCAUUUCAUCUGAAACCCUUCUCCUUCUCUAGGGUUUUGAAUAUAUAAAAUCAGCCAAGGAUUCACAUUCUUCCUCAGAGGAUUUCAUGUAUCUGACCAUCUCUGCUUCAGUCAAGGAUCCACUGCAAAUUUGAUGAUUUCAUUCAGCUUCCAGUUGAUUUGCAAUGGCCCUUUUCCAGUGAGUAAGUUUGCCCCUUAGUGGAUGUUGUUAAAGAUGGCUCCAAGAAUGUUAUACAACAAAUUCUCGAAAGCCAGAUACAGAUGCAGCCACAACAGCAAAGUUAUCCUUUUCAAAACAAAGUUACACUGUGCCUCAAGUCUAAUUACGACACUUUCUCUUAUGAUCUGUGACCAGCGUUGUUAUAGCUUGCAUCAAAAAAUGUUUUUUACUGUGUUGCAUGUCAUUUGAUACAAAUGUAUGCAGUUAGAGGACACAUUAACCAAAUGUCUAUCCUCACAACCUUUCAUGAUUCAAGUGAGUUUCAUGAGACUGCAGUUCACAUACCAUCUUCAAACCCCGAGGCUGCAUUUCUCUUUUUGGUCUCAUGUCCAAUUUAUAUGGCACGAUGUAGUAUUUAUAUAUAUUCACAUCUCAUUUUAUUUACUUUGCUAUUAGUUUAUUUGAUUUGUUAUGUUCAGAUAAGACUCCACCUCUUUUAUUUUGAGCUGAUGGUAUCAUGGAGGUAGCAGUGAUUUUGUAGCCGAUCACACUACUUCCAAACUUUAAGUAAACCAAAGGCUCAAUAUAUUCUCUGCAAGCUUGAUUAAUGAUUUCUGUAGUGCAUUAGUACCCUCUUUUUUAAUGUACAGGUUCAAAUGAGACAGAUGCAGCAAUUUUUGCAUUCCCAUAAUUUCAUGUAUUCCUUUCUCAAAUUAGGAUUUCGGUGGCAGACAUGACUGCGCAGACCUCAGCCAAAGCAUUUUUCAGUUGCUCAAUUUUGAGUUUGGGAUGGAUUGAGAGAGUGUGGUGGUCAUGGCUUCUCACAUUUUUGUCUACCACAUUUCAGGUUUAUGGUUGUACCUCUAUGCUUAAGAUUGAGUUGAAAAAAUUAAAGAAGCUGAAAGGAGUUCAAACUUCAAACUCACUAUGGGGAAGAAGAACAUGUGCUCUGAGGAAAAAGGCCUUCAGCACAUCUUAUGGUGCAAAGACAAAUGAAGUGAGGUUUAAUCUCAUCUUUUUUAAGAAGUGCAACAUCAAUGGAUUUGUCCAGCAAUAGAUUUUCAGCAGCUCAUGAGUUGUUAUGUGCUAAACUGGGUCUGAAUAGUAUCUGUUGAAGCUGAGGACUAGGCUGGAGGCUCACUGAAUAACUAGCACAACAUUCACUCUGGCCAUUUCAAAAAAUGAGAAGCCUAUUUGGCCUAUGAGGUUAUGAGUUGUGACAUUGAGUGUGUUCUUAACCUGCUUCUACUUUGCGGUUGCUCCUAUCAACUUCAUAUGACUUGGGUGGUGCUCUUGGAUUUUCUGAUAUUGAGCAGCAAAGUAACAAUGAAGAAAACUGUGCGUACAGAAGCUCACGCUUAGAUGAACAAAUGCUGAAGUUCAAUGGAGAUUUUAUUUGCCAAGCAUAUGGUUUGUGAUGGGAAAUGUUUGGGCAUUUGACUCACAUGUUGGAUCCUUCCAUGAAGCUCCAAAGCUCCACGUCUUCCACAUCGUCCUUCUUAACAUGUGAGGAAUUAAUUUUAGGGACUUUAUGCAAGCUGUAUAUGGUUGGGGUUAGUAGUUAUGGAGUAAGCGGAUGAAGCAGUAAAUAAGAAUGGCGAAGGGGCAGCUUCUAAGGCUGUAUUUAUCUGCACCUAAUAUUCAGAUGCAAUUAUAAAAUGGGGUAAUGGUUUCUUGGUGGUAUGGGAGAUGUUUCAAAUGUAGAAAAACCAAAGUAGGCUCCUUUCACAAAUUUAUUUGGAAUCAAAGCUGCACUGUUGGAAUGCUACAAGUGCAAGGUGUAUGGAUUGAUGUUGCAUCCAUUAUUUGGGGAUUGAACCCUAAGAGAUGCACUUGGUCACUACAAUCCAGUCUACAGGAUUAACACAGGAUCCACUUCUAAUCGCAACAAUAAGAUUGCAAGUUGUGCAUCCUCCUCUCAUCAUGUUAUUCAGAAAAAGGUUGUAAGACGACAUUUCGAGGAAAGAAGAAGAAAUUCAAAGGAUUAGGGCAGCCGAUUAAUGUGUAGUGCUUCUGCAUAGAUCAAGACACAUUUUUUUCAUUUUCACUUUGGGCUGAUGUUGGAGAGAACCAAUCAAAAGUUAAGAUGGAGAAUGUCUCUUAGAUGCUUUUGAUUCCAAGAGCUGCAUUGUUUGAAUAAAUGACAAAUAUCUUAAUCAUAUCUCAAGUCUCCAGUUUUUCGUUAA